AUGCCAGAUAGUUGUUGUGCAAUUGGCUGCACAAAUCGACGAGGAGACAACCCUGGGUUGUGCUUUUACAGAAUCCCGUCUGAGAAAGAAAACCGGAGGAGGUUGUGGAUAUGUGCCUUGAGACGUGCCUCCGUCCCUGGGGAAAACCAACAAUGGCAACCAUCCAAGUACACACGUCUUUGUAGCGAACAUUUCAUCAAAGGUGCCAAAUGUGGCGACCCUUUGUCCCCUGACUGGGUUCCAUCCAUCUUCUCACACAUUCCAGCCACCAAGAAGAGGAAAAGGGAGAAAGACAUGGAAAGGUAUGAGCAGCACAGCAGAAUGAAGAACAAGAGGGUGGAGGAGAAAAAGAAGAAAGAUGCAGUGGAUGUCCUCCUUGACCUGUCAUCAGUACCAGAUGCUGGACUUGCCCCACCUGCUGUGGAUGAACAACAGUGUGACAACAAGCCAUGCAAGGAAAGAUUGCAAAGGGAGUGUAAUGACCUCAGGGAGGAAAACCGUAAGCUGAAAGACAUUAUUAAAUCAGGAACAUUUGAUGAACUGGCUUUUGAAAAAGAUGAUGAAAAAGUGAAGGCAAUGACUGGAAUCCCCACAUAUUCAAAGUUACAAGUAGCUAUAACAUUUGUGUUUUCAUUUCUGCAGACUGGUACAAACCUCUCUCCCUUCCAACAACUUCUGUUAACUCUUAUGAGGCUAAAAAUGAACCUUCCCCUGUCAUUGCUUGGUUGUAUGUUUAAGAUCUCAAUUCCAACUGCCAGCAGAACAUUUAGAAGCACCAUUGAAGUGCUGAAUGCAAGACUUGCUCCAGCACUUUUGUUUUGGCCAAAUCGAGAGGAGCUUCAGUUCAGAUAUUUAGACAGGUUUUUCGUAAAUGUGCUUGUAUUAUUGACUGCUUUGAAAUUUUUAUUGAAAGGCCUAGAAACCUAAGAGCACGAGCACAGACAUACUCAAAAUACAAACAUCACCAUACCAUGAAAUAUCUAAUUCGCAUUACACCACAAGGAACAGUUUCUUUUAUAUCAAAAGGAUGGGGUGGGAGAACAUCAGAUAAACACUUGACUGAAAGAAGUGGAUUUUUGGAUCACCUCAACCCAGGUGAUGUCAUACUAGCUGAUAGAGGGUUUGAUGUGGCAGAUUCAGUUGGUCUGUACAAUGCUGAGCUUAAGAUCCCAGCUUUCACUAGAGGCAAAAAACAUUUGGGUCCAGUGGAAUUAGAGUCCACACGAGGACUUGCAUCAGUUAG